AGAUAUUGCAGUUUGUUGUUAAAUACACAGCGUGAAUAUUGUUUUGUAAACAUGCAGAAAAAAGUCAUUCACUUUAAUUCGUAUAUAUCAUGAAAUUUGAAGAAAAAACUAAUAAAAUUGAUUUUUUGAAAGACAUAUUAUCUUAUUCCUAAAAUGUGCAGUCUUAUCAAAUCGCUCAAUUUUUUCAUUAAUUGACAAUGGCAACAUGCUGAAACGGGUCUGAGAACGUCCAAAACGAACAGGAAGAGGCAGACUGAGGCGAUUAGAAAUCAGACUUCAUUAGGUAAGUUGAUCGAUCGAGGCUAUUAACUAGGAGAGAAAAUCAGAGCUUGAAGUCUCCGUCGUGAUGGUUUGGAACCUUGACAUCAUGGAUAAAAGAACUAAACGGCAAGCAAAAGUGUUAGAAGAUAAUUAUUGGGACUGCAGUGUGUGUACUUAUAGAAAUACUGCUGAAGCUUUUAAAUGCCUCAUGUGUGACAUAAGGAAAGGAACCUCAACCAGAAAACCGCGAAUUAAUUCACAGUUGGUUGCUCAACAAGCAGUACCUCAGUACACAACAACGUCACUGAAACCUGUGAAAAGAGAUGGCAUCAAGGAUAAAACUCUUAAACGAAGGAUAUCCCAUGAUAAAUCAAGCAAGAAGACAUGGCAUCCACCGAGGCUGAAAAAUAUUGACCGAAGUUCUGCUCAAACUCGAGAAAUCACUGUGAAUAAUGUCACUGUAAUAAUAACUGAGUACAAACCUAAGAAAAAGAAAUCAUCAGAUGCUUCCAGUAGUACUUCAGAGGAAAGUCAGACGGACACAAGCAUGGAUGCAAGAAGUAUCGAUUUGGCAACAGAUUCAAGAAGUUCUUAAUGAUAUAAUCAGUUUGUUAUGUACAAAUCAUUAACAUGACUAUGUAGGAGUAUGAUAUUGCUCAAAGUAAUUUUUUUUUUUUGCUUGCUUGUUGUUAUUUUAUUAAAUAUGAUUUUUUUAAAAUUCUUAUUAUAUUAAAUUUUUUUUUAUAUCAUGAUUAUAUAAUUCAGUGCUGUAACGAUGGAAUAAUGACAGCUGAACGAAAAUUGAAUCACUUAACAUGGGUUUGUAAAUCUGUUCAGUUUUGGUUAACAUUUUUCCAGCGGUUUAAUUUAUUUAUUGAAAUAUCAUUGUUCAAAGUUGUCUUUAAAAUUUUUAUUUUAUAUUUAUUAGGCAUUUUACAAUGCUAUUCUCUCCUGCUCUGUAUCAUGUGUAAAGCACUUAUACCCCACACUUGAAUGUGCACAUAAAAAUCUGUAAUAACUGAAAUUUAAAAAUAAAUAUACAAAUUGUAUAAAUAAAAUAAUGAAAAAAAGAAGAGUGAUGAAAGAAUGAUUUUGUAAAUUAGAUUGAACUCGGAGUAAUCUAUAUUUCAGGUUAUUAAAAAUUAUGAGCUUUUUACUGUUGGUCGUACUGAUUGAACAAACGGCCACUCGUUCUUCCAAUAAAGACUUUUUCAUUUAUUAAUACAUUGUAACCUCCUGUCUUUAGAAAUUUCACUUGAAAAUUUUAAAUAAUUAUAAAUUGAGUGAAUUUUCAAAAGUCCAAAGUUGGUAGUUAUACUUGUUAUUGGAAGUAUCUGUAUAAAGGAAAUUUGAAAGACGUAGGUUGGCAAUUUUAGGAAACCAAUUCAACUGUAAUGUAGUGAAAAAUUAAUCACACUUAAAAAAAAAUUAACACGAAAGAAAAAAUUGUCUACCUCAGCAAUAUACGUACGUGUAAGUAAUUAUCACAUUUCUUUUUUGUAUUGUGAGUUCGUGGAUUGCAAAAGUGUAACUAUUAUUUAGCAUUUAAUAAUUUACUUUUGAUACGAAUAGAUAAGCAAUUUUCAUAAUUUAAUGAACUUUGAAGAAAAUUGCCUUUUUCGUAAAUUUUAAAAAUUACGGUUGUACUGGUUAUAUUAAUGAAAUCCUGGAUUUUACUGAUUAUAACAUCGAUUCUUUUGAUUAAAUGUUUAAUAAAUUAUAGGGUCAUUUAAUCAAUUUGUUUAGUGUGUAUAUAAUAAAUUAUGUUUUUCUUAUGUUAAAAUAUGGAUAGUUAUGCAUUCAUGUAAAAAAAUGAAGUAUUAUCAGACUGUGGUAUUUUAAAAUAUAAAAUGUAUUUAGAUUUAGAAUACUAACUUGCCAUUCAUAACAAAAUUUGUCUUAUUUGGUUUAUGUUGUAUUUGAUGAGGGAUGAUUUUUUUAGGGUUAGCAGGAAAUUAAUGUAUCAUUUGAUAAUAUUAAUUUUUUAUGACAUGUGUAUCAUUAUCAGACUUCAUUUCCGUUCAAUUACAAGACACGUGUAUAUAGUAGUCAAUACCGGGUAUUGUAGGUCCAAGUCUGCUUCAAACUUUGUCGUAGUCUUUAUUAUAUUUGAUUAAAUCAACUUUUCAUGCAUGUCUUUAAUAUUUUUAUAUAAUGAUAGCAUGUAGAUAUUAUAAAUAUUCAAUUAAAGAAAGUAUAAUAAUUAUUGACUCAUUAUUUUAUUGGGAUGCAGUUGAAUGUGUGACUUCUGAUAUAAUUUUUACAUUUUGAAAACGGUAGAUUUUUUUUCUCACAACUGCAUAUUUAUAGCCGUUUCAAAUGUAGCAAUUUGAUGUAAAAAUGAAUAUACUUUUUAUUCAUAUUGAAUAUUUAAACAAAAAUGGCUGGUUAAAAGCCAAGCCGUGUGGAAAUAGUUUUCAUUUACCUAGACCAUUUUUAAUAUAUUACUGGUACCUUGUACCCCUUUUAAUUUUUUUGUAGUGUAAAACACUCAAAUUUCAAAGUGCAUAAAUGAAAUAAAACAUAAUUUGUCAGCAUGAGUUAAUUAGCAGAUUAAUUAUUGAGCUCAUGUUAGUAUAUUAACAAUAGAAUAGUAUUUUAUUAUGUCAACUAUCAUUUGACGAGGAGGCGUUAUUGCUACCUUCAUAACACUUGCUAUGUCCAGUUCUGCCAAAAAUAAUAGCUAUAAUAAAUGUUUACAUUAUAAAACAUUUGUUAUAGGAUAAGGUUUGAAGAGGUUUAUCUUGAGCCAAGCACCAACUUUGCAUUUAUAACUCAAGUGCCUAGAAGACCUCAACAAAAGAAAGACCUAAAAUUUAAAUGUAAGUUUAUACAGAUUUGUAAAAAAAAAUAAUAAUAAAUAAAAAAAAAUAAAAAGUUUGCCUGUCUUUCUCCUUUGUAAUGGGCUGGCUAUAAAUAUGACUUCGCUUUGUAAAAAUAAAAUGCCACUUAUAUUAAGUAACAUCUAUUAAAAUUGACUUUAAAAUUCUUUCAAAAUGUAUUUUUUGUUUAAUUUUGUAAAAAAAUAGUAUUUAACAUUACACAAGACUGAAUUGUUUGUCUGUAUUCUAACAACGAUGCAGAUGAAACAUAUACUUGUCUUUAUUUGUUAAAUAUACAUUUUUUCCCUCGUAAUCAUGUUUUAUUUCAGUAUAUCCAAAGGCUAACAUUAAAAAAAAAGUUUUAUUUUGUUUUUCAUAAAACUUAAUCUUUCUGUUUUCAUUAUAUCUGUCAGUCAAAUAACAAAAUCAGUCCAAUGCUGACCAAAAUAAAAUAGCUUUUUCUACUUUGAAAGAGAUUAAAUUUCUUAUUUUGUGAAACCCCCUCUGUGUACUUUCAGUCCUAUUUUUUAUUUUGAGAGACAAUUUUCAUUUGUGAAUAAUUUUUUUAAUAUUAUUUUAUUUUAUUUAUUUUUUAUUAUUAUUAUUUUUUUUUUUUUAAAGGAAAAGCAGAAGGAGGGGCUCAUCAGUUUUGAUGUUUUUCUGCAAUUUAUUGUGGUGUAAGAAAUAGAUUUUAGUUUACAUUGUAUUUUUUCAAGCUGCGUAAAUAAGUACACAAUCCACUAAUUCAUUUGAUUGAGUGUUCAAACUAUCCAAACAAUU